AUAAUAUGGUAUAUAAUGAAUCGCUAGCCUAGAACUCGCAGGAGGCUGUUAAAAUGAUGGUUAAAUCCCUUCUUCUCCUUUGCACUCUACUGGUCUGCAGGACUUUAGCAGACAAAUAUGUUAACUUUGGUUGCAUGAAAGAAGUGCAUGGAAGAUUGUUAAGAGCAAAGGCCGGCAAUCUGAAAGUCAACAGUCCAUGGCAUUGCCAAGCAUUCUGCAAGGACUAUCUUUAUUUUGGAGUCCAGUUUGGGAAGGAGUGUUUCUGUGGUAACACCUUCUCCGGAAAUCUCGUCCGUAUUUCUAAAUGUACGAUGAGAUGUUCAGGAAAUUCUCUCCUCUACUGUGGAGGUCAUCUUGCUAUAGAUGUCUAUGCCACUAUCUCUUAGAAGAUCAAGCUACCGAGAUCCGGUGUAUUACUGACAUCUUUUUGACAAUAAAAGUUAUUUCUGUGGAA